GUAGCCAUGAAGAAAACCAAGAAAGGCAAGAAACUGCCGUCGACUUCCUCCCGUCACCUGCAAGUGGAAACGACCUCGACAGCCAACAAGACCAAUCCAGACACUGCUGAGUCCGCCGUUCCGACCUCUUCGUCAGAGCUAGAGACGCUAGGUUCCCGCAGUCGGCGUGCAGCUGUCCGCAAAGCAAAGUUACCGCAAAACGAAAACGACAUCAACGGCGCCAUGCUCCAGUUCGCCGUGGAUGUGUACCUAGAGCUGAGAGCAGCCACCGGGGCCGCCACUGGAACCCCGUCCAACCUGCUUUUCUCUCCCGUGGCCGUGCAGACCGUGAUGGCCACGAUGAUGGCUCUCUCGGGCGGGCGCACUGCCGAGCAACUGGCCGAAGCACUGCACCUGCACAACAUCCAAGACGAAGAUUUCAAGGUGGCCCUCCUUGAACACAUCGCUGCGCAGCAAUUGCUUUCCUGCACUCUACAAAAGCGUUUGCACCCGCUGCAGUUAAUGUUGUCCCCGAACAAUGACCUUCACCUGCCGUGCGGGCAUCUUCUUUUUUACGUACUCACUACGGCGCAACUGUACAUGCAGCGUCGCGCGUACAAGCUCACCGGCCUGGCGGGAGGCUUCAGCUACUUCUGCUUCAACAACAAGACGCAGCUCAUCACGGGCAGUCACGUGGUCCCUAGUACCGCUCCGGGCACUCCUCUACGCACGGUCACUGACUCCCUGCUUGUGGAGCACCAGCACGCCGAUUUCGCACUAGUGACCAUCAUGUAUCAACGGGGUCGCUUCCCAACGGCCGACUGCGAUGACGAACUGGACGCGACGGCCCUAGAGCUCAGAUACCGGCGCUACAAGAAGUCCAUGGUGAUCAUUCUGCCGCGCAAACGCGACGGACUGACCGCCCUGGAAACGGCGCUGACGGGACCCCGGCUGGAGAGCUGUCUGGACCGCCUCCAAGACCGAGGGAGCGUCGACGUCAAGCUGCCCAAGUUCGCCGUCAAACAGACGUUCGACCUCAAGGACGUGCUGCCCGGGUUGGGAGUCUUGGACUUGUUUGUGCCGGGCGUUGCCGACCUGUCGUGCUUAGCGUCGGACGAAGCCGAGCCUUCGGGUUUCGCCGAAGGGGGACCCCACCUUUCGCUUGCCGUCCAAUGCGCCUCCUUGCAGACCAAGGAAAAAGGCCACAAGGUUGGCCCGUGGGACGAUCCGGAGGCUAGCCUGACGUUCACUGUUGAUCACCCGUUCAUGUUCGUAGUUCUUAGCAGGGCUCCUGAUGCGAUACUCCUCAUCGGAUCGGUGAGGGAAGUUUGCCUUCCCUACAUUUAGCCGAUAUUCACAUGUAUACAUAUGCUCACCUAAAUAUAUAUCAGACAAAUAAAUACGAAAAGCGAUAACACAGUGCAAAGUGUUGAAAAUUCUUUCGUGUGGUGUGCGUUGUAUUGUUGAAUCAGAGCGGCCACGAAACAAUUACAAAUAAGUUUGUCGUCGUCAUUCACA